AUGAUCGCCAUCACAUCGGUGGUGUUCGUUGGCAGAGCCGCUAUUCGCAUCUGGAAGCCCAAAUCGUUGAUGGCUGAGGACUACAUCCUUGCGUUCGCCUACUUGUUGUUCCUGGCCACGACGAUCCUAUACAUAGUCGUCACUCCUGUCAUGUACAAGAUCAGCGAUGUGACACUUGGGAAGGCCCCACCGUAUGCCGAGAUCCUGGACGACAGUCUGUUCAUGAUCAAGGUGUUCUUCGCGAACACGCUCUUGUUCUGGUUCACCCUCUGGCUGGUUAAGGCAUCGUUCCUAGCUCUCUACUACCGGCUAAUGACAGGGUUGAGGCGAUACAUGCAGCUUUGGUGGUGUGUGACGGGUUUCUGUGUUGUCACCCUUACCGGAUGUAUUGUAUCCAACUUUACGUCCUGUCACUCAUGGCAUGCGUGGUGGACACCAGGCGAAUGUACGACGCCUAGAGACGUCCGUGCGCAGAUCGCCUCCCUGUACUAUGCCUUCGCUGUCGACGUUAUAUCCGACUUGCUCAUCAUGUUCCUGCCCAUUGGUCUCAUUUGGAACCUUCAGCGACCGCUGAUUCAAAAGAUUGGCAUGGGUGUACUCUUCGGCACUGCGUGGAUCUGCAUCGGGAUGGCGAUUGUGAGAGUUGUACAGAUAGGCAGCAAGGCACAGAGCGCCUCAACGCCAUCCUCGUCAUGGCUCGCCUUUUGGGCUAUCAUAGAAACCGCGAUUGCGGUGAUCGUCGGCUGCGGACCGGGCCUCAUUACUGCAGCGAAGGAGGUACGCAAGACACGCAAAGCCACGUACGGCAGCACUCCACGUUUCGGUUAUGGAAGUGAUGGGUACAGACGGCAACCAAGCGCAAGCGCAAAAGGCCCGGAAACCGAGUUGAAGACGUUUGGAUCCAUGCUCGAGACCAGCCGCGGCCAUAGGAAGAAUCAAGCCAGUGUUGAUGUGUUGGACUACGGCAAGAGUGACGGAGCGAGUAGUCAGGAAGAGCUUACGACGGGGCAAGGGAAGAUCCAGGUCCACAAAGCUGUUGAGGUCAAUUCUGUCAACGCUGAUAUGGAAGGAGGUGUACCCUCUCAGCAUCGUGAAUAUAACCGCGACUGGUAG